GUCACAUGACCUCAUCACGGGACCUUCCAGUUUAUUGUCACAUGGUUUGAUUUCAUGUUAAAUUCUGAACGUCUAGCGGAGGCUGCUUAGGAUCAGGAAGAUGUCACAUUUGGUGGUUCCAUGUCUGCUGCUGCUUGGAACUUUGGGAGUUUUCGGAGCGCCUGAUGCCGAUGAGAUUAAAUUCCUCCCCGGGCUCCCGAAACAGCCCUCAUUCAAGCAGUAUUCAGGAUACUUAAACGUUGCUGACAACAAGCACCUUCAUUAUUGGUUUCUUGAGUCUCAGAAAGAUCCUGCCCAAAGCCCAGUGGUUCUUUGGUUGAAUGGAGGACCAGGCUGCAGCUCUCUGGACGGACUGCUCACAGAACAUGGACCUUUCCUGAUUCAAGAUGAUGGCAUGUCAUUGACAUAUAAUCCAUAUUCCUGGAACAAGAUUGCCAAUAUGCUCUAUCUUGAGUCACCAGCAGGGGUCGGGUUUUCCUACUCGGAUGACCAGCAGUACACCACCAAUGAUACUGAGGUGUCGAUGAAUAACUACCUUGCCCUUAAGGAAUUCUUCCGGCUUUUCCCAGAAUACCAAAAAAAUGAGGUCUUCCUCACAGGCGAAAGUUAUGCUGGAAUCUACAUCCCUACACUGGCAGAGAGAGUAAUGGAAGAUGGCAGCAUUAACCUCCAGGGUAUAGCUGUUGGAAAUGGGAUGUCCAGUUAUGAACUGAAUGACAACUCUCUUGUCUAUUUUGCAUAUUACCAUGGACUUCUUGGAACAAGACUGUGGGAAGCCUUGCAGUCAUUUUGCUGUCAAAGUGGGAAGUGUGACUUCUACAACAACGCCAAUCCAAACUGCACCAAAAAUCUGGAUGAGGUGCAGUACAUUGUGUACAGCUCUGGACUGAAUAUGUAUAACCUGUAUGCUCCCUGUCCUGGAGGAGUACCGGUGAGAGCAAGUGUUGACGAUGGCCAUCUUGUUAUCCGUGACCUGGGGAACAAUUUCAUCAAUCAUGAACUGUCCACAAUAUGGAACCAGAAACUUCAAAACAUGAUGCUCUACUACAAAUCUGUGAGGCUUGACCCCCCCUGCACAAACUCUACUCCAUCCACGCUCUACCUGAACAACCCCUAUGUCAAAGCUGCUCUGCACAUCUCUCCUAAGGCUCUCGGCUGGCAGAUAUGCAGUGCUGAAGUGAACAGGAAGUACAAACGCCUGUACAUGGAUGUGAAGAAGCAGUACCUCAAGCUUUUGGGGAAACUUAAAUACCGUAUUCUGGUGUAUAAUGGCGAUGUCGACAUGGCAUGCAACUUCCUUGGCGAUGAGUGGUUUGUCGAGUCCCUCCAACAAGAGGUGCAGGUGCAGCGGCGACCCUGGAUCUACUACAAUGGUGACAGCCAACAGGUCGGUGGCUUCGUCAAGGAGUUCUCCAACCUGGCCUUCCUCACAGUCAAGGGAUCGGGUCACAUGGUUCCUACGGACAAACCUAUUGCUGCUUACACAAUGUUCUCCCGGUUCCUGACCAAACAGCCUUACUGAGAGGGGUACACCUCACUGACCACCACUCCUUGAGGAGGAGGGGGGGGGUUGUCUUGCACUGGAGCACUGUGUUAAAAAAACGAAAUCCUUUCAUCAGAUUACUAGAAGCAGAGGUUUCUCCUCAGGUGUCCAUUUUAGGAAAGACAGAAGUAUAGAGAAGUCUUUGCAUAUGAUUAUGACUGAGAAAUACCUCAAUCAGCACUUUCCCUACAGCUAACUGUAUGUGAAUGUCUUAAGGAAGAUGAAAUUAUGAGGCUGACUAUUAUGAUUGUGCAGUAAACCUGCAUGUUGUGCAUCAGUACCAGUGUAUCUUCAGCAUUAAAAGUGCGCUUUUUAUCUGUAGUUUAACUACCAUGGGAAUUGUUCUUUUUAAUGCACAAAUCGAAGGAAUUGCUUUCCUACUGUCAGUCUAAUUCAUACAUGUUUUGGGUGGGGGGUUCACACAACAUAACCACUAUAGACUAGUCAGUCCCAAAUGUUUUAAGGAAAAUCUGAAUGUGUUUUUUUGCCUAGUGCCUCUGAAAAUGCUUGCUGUUUCUAAUUCUGCAAACUCUGCAUAAUCAAAAAGGGAAUUGUCUGUCACGUUGUCUCUGUAUGUUGUUGCAGUGUUGAUUGAUGUUUUUAUAUUAAAGCUUUGUUCCUCUUAA